AUGGCUCCAAACUCUUUCAUAACACCUGGGGGUCUGCAACAAAGACCUGAAGUAAAUAUAAAUGAGUCACCGCAAACGGACACUUUACCAUCAAAUUAUUUCACACAGAGUUGGUCUGAAUGGACAUCGCUAGUAUCUCAACAAAAACCACAAAUACCUAAGCCACCAACUGAUUCUCUGAAACUUCAACAGUAUAUCAUCAAUAGCAAUGGCUGGUGGCCUGUAUUUGGCGGUGAGCCAAAGCUAAAAAGAAAAUGUGGCUCCUCGACCUCGGCUUUUGUUACUUCGCCGACGUCUAAACAAACUCCUGUUAGUUUGGUCCCUUCUGAAUUCUCAAAACGACGAAAAAUACAUAAUUGUCCACAUUUCUCGUCACAAUUUUCGUGUAAAAAUUAUCUCGCUGUCGAUUGGGAUCCUGAAGAGAACGAUUUUCGUACCGCUGAACCACCUAGGACUACGACCUCUGCGUUGCCGCAAGAAAAUUUCGCUGCUGUCACCAGUAGGAUAUUGUUGGUUCGAAGAUUGAAAGCAAAACAAGGAAAUAUAUCAAAGGGUGAUGCUGCUUCAAGAUUUCGUAAAAAUAUCUUGGUGAAAGUGGCUCAAGGCGGUGUUACUUAUGGUGAUCUAAAUACAGUGAUUGAAAGUCCAGCAAAUGAUGCUGAUGUUAUAAUUAAGCGGCCUUGGAGAGACGGCACAACAGAGCCGGGGGAAGGUACUUUUGAAGAAUUAAAAAGCUUACGGCAUAGGCGUGCUAGUGAAUUAAAUUUGCGAAGAACCUGCCAAAUCUUUCCAAAUGCGACAUCGGCUCAUGAGCUUUUAGAACAAGCUCGUGAAUACUUUCGUGUCCAUAAAGGUCUCUUUCCAACUUUGGUUGGUGGGUUACCUUCGCCCCCGCUCCCCUCGACGAACAGAAGAGGAACCUUUCUGGCGACUGGAAAAUUUGAAGGUUCCUGUGGAUCUUUAUCCUUUACGACUUCACCGAAUGAAUCGCCGUGUUUUAGCUCUGCGGCUCCAUCCUCAUCAAGAAAUCAACGGCCUUCUGAUUAUCCUUACGGCGGCAUCAUAGUCCCAAGUAUUAGCAGCAACAUAAAGCCAACCGUUAAGAACUCUUCCGAUUCGUCAUUCGUACAUAGAGAUUAUUUUGGGCACGUUUCUUCUCCUCCCGUAGCAAAAAUAAUGUGA